AUGUGUGCAUGCCCAUGGAGCUUGAGUUCUGCCAGAGUGAAGUUCCCUACAACAGAACGACGUUUCCAAACUACCUUGGACAGCAGAACGUGACGAUGAUUGAGGAAUCCGACAUACAUGCAAAUGUGUCUCUUCUAGCCGACACGGCGUGCCACGAAUACGUGAAAUUCCUCUACUGCCAUAUGGCGGUUCCUGAGUGCGUCAAGGAUGGUGUACGAGGCCAACCCCUAUGCCGUACUGUGUGUGAAGAGGUCAGACAAACGUGCUCAAUGGAGAUACAAGAGAUUGGGUUCGAGUUUACAAAGAGCACCUGUGACGGCAUCUUUCCGGAUUCUGUUCAGAAGGAUACAUGCAAGCUGAUAAAAGAAUUUGACUGCUCAUUCGAUGUAGACACGUGUGGGUGGAUGGCCGGCAACAACAGUCUGGCUGAGGUGCUGCAAUCUAGAAACGACUCUGAACUUGGCAUGUAUCUAUCUUUGAACGGAGUCUCGUCAAAGCCAACAAGCCCGACCAUGUACACAGACGACAAGUGCCUAAAGUUGGACUAUUGGCUGAGAGGUGACGGCAGUAAGUUAUCCGUGUACGUGUCUGGACCGGGAGAUAGUAUCUUCUUCACGUGGCGCCAAUCUGAUGAUGAUUAUGAAGAUGGAAUGGGUUGGUCAUCAGUCAGGCUGAACAUCAACAAAGGAUGGCCUUGGUUCAAGGUGUCUUUAGACGCGUACGUGGCCGAUGGCGGGAAAGUGGGGGUUGAUGAUGUCACCCUGUCGGACGGCUCGUGUGAAGGACAAGUUUCUCCUGGAUGUGUAGAAAUAGAGUUCGAGCGUUGCUUGUCCAUGCCCUACAACUUCACCACCUAUCCGAAUCUGCUCGGCUGGGAAAAAGACCCUGCCCUGUCAAUCGCCCCUGGAAGCUUCCAGGCGUUUGACCCCAUCGCAGACUGCCAUCCUGACUUGCAGUUCUUCCUCUGCUCGGUGAUAUUUCCUGAAUGUACACCAACAGGAACCAG